CAGCUGAUCGUGGUGUUUUUGAUGGAAGUUGAUGCUGGUUGGAAGAGUCUCCCCCUCUCUUUAUUAUCUCUCGCUUACACGACAAAGGCUUAACGGGCUGAACAACAACUGCAACGUAACUCAACGCAGCCAUAACAUUCAGAGGAAGUUCACCGUUAACAAGAAACAAAGAGAUCUGUGUUCAAGAGGCGCUCAGCUUGCUUUAUCAGUCAAGAAGGAAAACAACGUUAACGUUAGCUGUCUGUCGGGUUUUAAGUGACGUUGCUAACGUUGGCUAGCUAUGUUGUUUAUGCUGUGGUCUGACGGACUGGUCUAUUGUUUUUUCGAAGUCUAAGGAAGAAAAAAAUAUUUAUUUACGUUGUGCCUGUACACUAGAUGCUUUUGAAUACCGAGUAGCUAGCCUGACACCCUAACAAUAACGUCAGAUAACCUUAAACUAAUAUUAGCUAACUUACGUGUUAAGAAUUCGAGGCUCCGUUAGCAAGGUGGUUGGCUAACUUGUGUUUUAUGCAAUUGACAGUCGUCAAGAAAUUUACCAUUUGCGAAACGCUGAUCUAAGUAUAAUCCUUUUUGUUUUCUUUGGGUAGACAUAUCUGGUACAAUUAGGUGGCAAUUGUUUGUGGAAGAACAACAACCUGUAACCAGCAGCUUUGUUCUUUAUCCAACAGACUUGUCUCUCGCUUAUCCUGUUUUGUUAACAGUUUGUCAAAUUGUUGUCAAAUUGUAAAUUGUGAGGUGUAUUUUAUGUAAUAUUUAUAACUAUGGUCAUUAUUUCUGUGUUAUUAAUGUGCAUUAUUUAGAUAGAUAAUUUAUUGAUGGUCGUACUUUAAUUCAGGGCUUUAAUGUAUUACUGAACAUUUGAAGAUUUUAUGAAUAGCCUAUUUUAAGGGUUAUAUCUAACUAAAUGUGGUUUAAAAGUGUACAAGUAAAAUAGAUAGCUAACGUUACGUUGGAAAAAGGAUAGGGUAGAUUUAGGCAGACGAGAGGCUCAGAUCUGGCACAGUCAGAAUAUCUGGUUGAAACCAUUUCCAAUCCGCCAAUGCUGGAUCUGGAAGUUGUCCCUGAGCGAUCUUUGGGAAAUGAACAAUGGGAAUUCGCAUUAGGGAUGCCAUUGGCCCAGGCCAUUUCCAUUUUACAAAAGCACUGCCGCAUCAUCAAGAAUGUCCAGGUUCUCUAUAGUGAACAAACACCACUUAGCCACGACCUCAUUCUCAACUUGACUCAGGAUGGAAUCAAACUGUUGUUUGACGCCUGCAAUCAGAGAUUGAAGGUUAUUGAAGUUUAUGACUUGAGCAAGGUGAAACUGAAAUACUGUGGAGUACAUUUCAACUCUCAGGCUAUAGCACCUACAAUCGAGCAGAUUGACCAGUCGUUCGGCGCAACACAUCCUGGUGUUUACAAUGCGGCAGAGCAGCUCUUCCACUUAAACUUCCGAGGCCUGUCGUUCUCCUUCCAGCUGGACUCUUGGAACGAGGCUCCCAAGUAUGAGCCUAACUUUGCCCAUGGCUUGGCCUCCCUGCAGAUUCCCCACGGUGCCACCGUCAAACGGAUGUACAUUUACACUGGGAACAACCUCCAGGACACCAAGGCUCCAGUGAUGCCCCUGGCCUGUUUCCUUGGGAAUGUGUACGCUGAGUGUGUGGACGUGCUGAGGGAUGGGACUGGUCCGCUGGGUCUUAGACUCCGUCUGCUCACUGCAGGCUGUGGUCCUGGGGUGAUGGCGGACGCUAAGGUGCGAGCUGUGGAGAGAAACAUCUACUUUGGCGACUCGUGUCAGGACGUGCUGAGCGCUCUGGGUUCUCCACACAAAGUCUUCUACAAGUCGGAGGACAAGAUGAAGAUCCACUCGCCCUCCCCACACAAGCAGGUGCCGUCCAAAUGCAAUGACUACUUCUUCAACUACUUUACCUUGGGAGUGGACAUACUGUUUGAUUCUACGACACACCUGGUGAAGAAGUUUGUCCUGCAUACCAACUUUCCUGGCCAUUAUAACUUUAACAUAUAUCAUCGGUGUGAUUUCAAGAUUCCACUGUUUAUUAAAAAAGACGGUGCAGAGGCUUCAGGGGAGGACUGCAUCCUUACCAGCUACAGUAAGUGGGAUCAGAUCCAGGAGCUGCUGGGACACCCCAUGGAGAAACCGGUCGUGCUACACAGGUCAUCGUCAGCAAAUAACACCAAUCCUUUUGGAUCCACCUUCUGUUUUGGACUGCAGAGAAUGAUUUUUGAGGUGAUGCAGAACAACCACAUAGCGUCGGUGACGCUGUACGGAGCACCUCGGGCCAGCAGCCACACCCGAGCAGAGGCCUCUGCCCACUAAAACCUCCUCCUCCUCCUCCCUCCUCCUCCUCCUCGUUCUCCUUUUGCCUCACCAAGUCAUCCUCCGACCCCCGUACAGUGCAGCGUGCCUUCAUCACCUGACCCCACCUAUUUCCCCUGAGGCAUGUGGGGAACUCUCUCGGAAUCCUCUGCUUGUCUCAAAGUCCUAAUGUCCAACCCACCCACCCUCCUUAUCUCUGUAUGCCCCCACCCCCAAUCUAGCACCCCAAAUAGCCCCAACUCUCCACACCUUUAGCCUGAGCUCCAGACCCUAUGCCUGUGUACCCUGCCCUCCACUCCCAAGGCUUACAGCUUAUAGAUGCGUCCUUCCACUGCCCCCACCCCCAUCACCCCUACCUCUAGCUGGAGUAUAUGUGUGGCAAACUACCAUCUGGGGGCACCCAUAGUCAAGGCAAAGUGUUUGAAUGGCUAACAGCAGACAUAUGCACGCGCACACACACACACACACACACACACACACACACACACACACACACACACACACACACUACAAAUGGGCAGACAUGCGUCCAUUACACACUGUACAAAUGGGCAGACAUGCAUCCAUUUUGACUAACAUAUACAUAUGUGCAGUUCAAGCAUACAUACAUACAUACAUACAUACAUCAGUCUCUGCUUAUAUUGCUUACACACACACACACACACAAAUAAUAAGCUAUGAGGCUAAAAUAUCAGUAUGAGCCCUUUCCAACGACUCGCAAGCAUUUCAACACCAUCUCCUCAUCUGCUCCCGCGGUCUACUUUUGGCAGACCUGCAGGAGGAAUCCUCGUGGUUGGGAAGCCGCACUGAGAGAGUGGCAGACGUUGGACUGGGGACAUGCGCAGAUUCCCCUGGGUGACAUUCUUCCUGCAAAGCUGUAUAAAACAAAAAAAAACAGAAGAGUACAAGCACAAAUGAGCUGCACCCUGUUUCAGUGUUGUUGGGCACCUGGGACAUGAGCAUCCUCUUUCACACACAUCCACACACACACGCACACACACACACGACACACGCACACGCACGCACACAGCUAUGAUCAAGUCAACAGCACAGGUCAUCUCCAAGUUGCAGGGCAGUAAGAGCACUAACUUAACCUAAAGGUCUUGAGUUGGCAUUUAUCUAUUUCUUCACAAAGGAAAGCUGACUUUGUUAUUUUUAACAUUUGCACUAAAAAACAAACACACAUAGACACAUACAUACAUACAUACAUACAUACAUAUCUUACUUACUUGAUAAUUGUCUCUUUCCCACUGAGGAGCAUGUUUUUAAUUUAGAUAUGAAGAAAGGCGAGGAGGAGGAGGGGAGCAGGAAGAGCACAAGAGGAUUGUUUUUCUUUUCCCUCAUCGUGAGCUACUUCCUGGGGCUCCACUCUGCUGAGGAGCUGAGACCCUCCCCAAGAGGCCCAGGUCCACACCGGCUCUGGGCCAGAAUUAGGCCAAGUCUGCUCCAGCACACUCAGCUAGCAUUUUCUGCCCCUUUUCCAUCUGCCCCUGGGUCCUCUCAGUCCCUUUUUUGCCCUGUCAUUCACAACGCUCCCCCGUCAUGUCUCCAUCUGCAUUUCUAACAUGCAUCACUCUCUUUUCUCCCCUCUCUUUUUUUUGUUUAAGCUAUAGGCCUCACUUUAGACUGCUAUUAAGUAAUGUUAAGCCAUUUUUCUUUCUAUUUCUGUUGUUUAAUUGCCAAAAUUUUAGCCAAAGAUGUUCUAACAGUUCACUUUAUUAUCGAAAGAAAGAAAUAAAAUAUGAUUUGAGCUUGACCUUUUGACACCUCCACCCCCCCCCAAAAAUUUUUAACAUUCCCUGUUCCCCAGACUUCUUUCCCCAAGCCCAUUUUAAUACAUUCUUACUCUCUUAACCGUGCAUAAGUAUUUUUGAAAUAGAUAUGUAUAUGAUUCUUUUAUGACUGCUUACCGCUCUUUUUGUCAUUCGGAACUUUAAUAUCCUCAUAUGUAUCAUUUUUACUAAGAAACAGCUGUCUGUUUGAUCUGUAGCAGGUAGUUUGGAGCAGAAUGCGUUGCCCUCUGCUGGCGUUUCAGUGUAAUGUACAGACUUGUAUAUAGAAUGCUUGUAUUUCCUUUACGUGGGGCUCAUCUGUUUCUAUGGUGACUGUACUUGUUUGGGGCAGAGCCUUAUUGGGGGAAGGUGGGUGGACACUAGAAUUCUCUCAAAGCAGUAAAGAGCUCACUUUUAAGCUCUCUUUUUUUCUCCGCUCAGAAAAAAACAGACAGAGAGCACCCAUGCUCUCUUGUCCUCUAUCCCAAGCUCGUGUCUGACCACUAGUUGGAGAGUUUGAAAGACAACAAAAUAAACGAUAGAAACAGUGAGCUAUUCAUGUAAGUGGAGGAGUGUCUGGCGGUGAGGACUCCCCUGUAAAACCCUGUGGAGACCGUGUACAGACUGUGUCAUCACUUGGCCCCUCUUAGUGGGUGUGCCUGUGAGUGUGUGCCUACAGGGUUUUGUGUACACAGACCCAGGCAUGAUGGGCUCCUCCUGUUGUCUGUGUGGUUUCGUGCACAUAAACUGGUCUGCUUGUUUACGUGGCUCGUGUUCACGGUGCUCCCAAGAGUGAUUUUACUUCGUGGCACACUAUGACAUCACUUCCUCCACUAGUGUCUCCAGACUGCCCUGUGUCCUCCCCCCCCACCACUUGAUCACUCCAUCUUUUCAAACAUGCUGCCGGGCCUUUGGCUUUAAUGAAUAGUUUACAUGCCUCCUGUUACGUUUCACUUCUGAAAAGCUUAAGCUCUCUUUCUUUUCUUUCUUUUCUCUGUCAUUUCAUUGUAGCCCCUUGCUUUGGUUUACUUAAAAGAUGAACAGUUGAAAUAAGAAGAAGAAACAGAAAGAUACUAGCGUGCCCGCUGUAAACUGUGCCUCAUCUCCCUCGAAGCCUCUCUGUAAAACGAUCAGAUGAAAUGUUUUCAACUGCAUUGUGUUUGACUGAGCAUGUAAAGCUAAUUACAUCUGUACUCUGUUACCCCAUCAUAGUCCUCUUGCUCCAAAAAAAAAAAAAGGAAGAAAAUACUUUAAAAAGAGAAAGAAAGAAAGAAAGAAAGAAAGAAAAACAUCAACUUCACUUUAGGAGUAAGGACAAGACCAUGGGAUUUUUGGCAGAACUCUGGUUCAGGAAUUGUGUUAAGUUGAAGUUAUCUGAUUUCUACAUUAGCUAGCCUAAUUCAAUUACUUUGUUGGCUGUAAGUGUCUUUGGUGCUGGGCACUUGAAAAAAAUCCUAUGUAGUGUUAUGGACAUGGAAUCUUUGCCUUUUGCUAACAAGUCUAGCCCCCCCAUCACCUUGUAAAUGACCUGAGGUUCAUAACUGGUGUUGUGUUGUAUCAUCUGAAUAUAACAAGACAUUUCCCAAAGACCGGUGUCAGCUCAGCAGCAUUUUCUAACUGUACGUCAAAGGUAAACUGUCUUGUCUGAUCAAAAAAAAAAAAAAGUGUGACCACUGUUGUGGAGGUGUUUUCGAGAAGGAAUGUUACUGUUCUGUGUGCUUGGUCAUGUAAUGGGCAGAGAGUGCGCCCAUGUCUCAGGUGGAUUUUUCUGUUUUCAUAAUAACACCAGGAGCAAAGCAAAUGCUUCACUCUCAUCCAAUGGGGUUUGGGCUGUGUGUCAUUUCCUGUCAUUCAUCCUUUAUGUAUGUUUUUUGCAUUGGAAUGAAUGAAUGAAUGAAUGAUUGUAAUUAGUUACGGACAACUUCAGGUCAGUGUAAUGCCGCAUAUUAAUGCUAUGUAUUGUAAUGCCCUCCGUAUAUAUAUUGUAUGUCCCCAUCCCCAAAAUCCCUUAAAAUUAAUUAUUUUUCUGCGUAAGUUCUAUGUUCUAAGUACGUUACCCAUUUCUGGAAAUGGGAUUAUACUUAAUUAAAAAUUGUGAACAUUUAUUGGAAUGUGGUGUUUUAUAUUUCAUAUCAAUAUUUCUACCCUUGUAGAUAGCCUGUAGGAUACAUAUGUGGAAGAUCAACAUUAUCAGGCAUGAUUGAAAAAAAGCAAUAAGAAUGGCUGUGAUGACUCAAAAUGGCCUGCUGAAAAAAGCAGGCCUGCUUUUGGCUUCUGAAAUGAUGCAGGAAUGCUCCGAUUGGUGGGAUUGGCCUUGUGCAUUGAGGCUGAUCAACUCCACAACUUUUGCAAUUCUAUACACUGCAAUUUGUUUUGCAUUUUGGGUCAUUUGAAAAAAAAGUCCUGUUACGGUGUGUUGCACCGUAUAAAUUGGAUGUAAUAAACGUUAAGAAAGAAGA